UAGCCAAAUGCUGGCUCCAGCCUCCAACAUGCCUUUUUUGAGUCUCCAUUCGCCGCUGAAAAGAGCAAAAGAAACAAAGGAAGCAAAGAAACCAAACAAAUCCCUCUUUUGUUUUGUAUUCACCAACUCCAAGCCCUUCACAGUUUCUACACAAUGUGAAAGGGCUCCAUUGUUGCCUCUUUGUCAAACUUCCAUUUUUUUUCUUCUUCAAGGUUUUUGAUCCGCCCAAAAAAAAAAGGUGUGAGCUUUCUUCACCCUUCAUCAGUCCCCCCCCUACAAGCCCCAAAAGAAAAAGGAGUGCUUAAAUGGGUGCUCUUCAAGCCACAUUUCUCUUCUUGAUUCUACUGAAAGCAUGCGAGAUAACUGAUGCUGAGGAUGGAGAAUGGAAGACAGCUACUGCAACAUACACCAAAGAAACUGAUGGAUCAAUCAUUACAGAAGGAGCUUGUGGGUAUGGAGACCUCCACAGGACUAGCUAUGGGAAGCACAGUGCUGGACUAAGCACCAUUUUGUUCAACAGGGGGAGUUCUUGUGGGGCUUGCUAUGAGGUGAGAUGUGUUGAUCACAUAUUGUGGUGCCUACAGGGGAGCCCCUCUGUUAUUCUCACUGCCACAGAUUUCUGUCCUCCAAAUUAUGGACUCGCGGCCGAUUAUGGUGGUUGGUGCAACUUCCCCAAAGAACACUUCGAGAUGUCAGAGGCUGCAUUUGCUGAAAUUGCAGAGAGAAGUGGUGAUAUCGUGCCAGUGCAGUACAGGAGGGUGAAGUGUGAAAGAAGUGGUGGGCUGAGAUUCACUGUGAGUGGAAACUCACGCUUCUUUCAAGUUCUAAUCACCAAUGUAGGUCUGGAUGGUGAAGUGGUUGGUGUGAAAGUGAAGGGAUCAAGAACAGGGUGGAUAGCUAUGGCAAGAAAUUGGGGACAGAACUGGCAAUGCAGCAUUAAUCUUACAGGACAGCCUAUAUCUUUUGAGGUGACUGCCAGCAGCGGAAGAACACUAGCAUCUUAUAAUGUUGCUCCAGCAAACUGGCAAUUCACUCAGACAUUUGAAGGGAAACAAUUCUAGUUAUAGAAGCUUGCUUUUGAACUAAAAUGUGAAAGCUUGCUUCAUAAAUUUCUCGAAUAUGAAAACUUUUGAAGUCUUAAUCAUGAGUUCAUCAGUGUUGAGGAUGUAAGUUGUAACCACAUGUUUAGUUGUUUACAGAUGGUCACAAACAUCUCUAGUCACUCUAAAUUUCCUGCUAGCUCACAAAGUUGAGGUUAUAGUCAAAAAUUGGGGAGGAAAAGUUGCAGAAGAAAGUUGAAAAAAUAGGUAUACGAGGUCCCAGUUUUGUCUCUUCAUGAUAUCUUGGCUUUACUUUUGUUGAUGGAACGUGUAAUAGUUAAAAGUAGCAGUGUAUAUACCCUGAGUUCUUUC